AAGGUGAGUACUGAGUAGGUCGUAGUCAUUUGGUUACGCUAUCUUGUAUUCCGAAGCUCCAAUGGCAAAGCGCUUGAUCCCAUUUUUGAAUCGUGUCUUGGUGGAGAAAGUCGUUCCUCCAUCGAAAACUGAUGCCGGAAUUUUACUCCCUGAGAAGAUCUCCAAGCUGAACUCUGGUAAAGUUGUUGCGGUGGGUCCUGGAUCUCGUGGUAGCGAUGGGAAACUUAUUCCUGUUGGUGUAAAAGAGGGAGACUCUGUACUUUUACCUGAAUACGGAGGAACGACAGUAAAACUUGGUGAUAAAGAGUAUCAUCUGUAUAGAGAUGAUGAUAUACUGGGGACACUGCAUGACUGAUGUAUCUUAUGGACCCUAACCAGGUUAGGACUUGGGAGAAACUUUAUGGUGGAUCCUGUUGGAAUGAGGCAGUUUUUAGUAUGCAGAAGAGUUUAACUGUGGUUGCAUCUUAACAAGUUGUGGUCUGGUUUAAAAUUUAUGAAUACACAUACCAUAAUCAUGAUUGUAGAAACAGAUUUUAUAAAAUUAAAGCAUUUCUCUUGGAUCUUUUCUUGAUUAGCAAAUAUAUCGUUUUGAUGUCUGUUGAAGUAAUGUAUCAAAUAUGAAAUACAAAACCUAAACUGCAAAUUGUGUAAUAUCUGGCUUUUUUUUAAUAAAUAAGUGCCGCAAUCUAUCUGGGGACAUUGGAUCCCAAUGUUCGGUAUUCCUUUUUUAU